AUGGAACUUGACGACAAGAUGACAGCGCGACAAAUGAUGGCUGGCAUGUUUGCUCUGCUUCAACGCCAACAAGAAAUGCAAGAAGAAAUGCGAAUGCAACGCCAAGUCCAGCCCGACCUCAAAGUAAAAGGUGUGGAAAUGCCUAAAUAUCAUGGUGGACUUGAUGAAAGUUUGGAGUUGUUCUUCUUUCAUGCCCAAAAGUACUGUCAGUCACAAAACAUUGACAUGCACGUUAUCAAGAUCGUUGAAGAGUUCACGAACUACGCCGACGUUCAGCGCAACCUCAUCGACAAGAAGAUUUCAGACAUUGUCUGCUACGAACUCAAGAAGAAGAUUUCUCGCAAGACCGAGGAAGAAGAAGUCGUUGACUACUUUUGCCAAUAA